CCUUCGGAGCGAUUGUUUCCAAAAAAGGGGUUGCCAACGAGGCUCCUUUGGAAUACUUCGAAAAGGUUUGGGUUCCUCUCUAUCUUUGCCGUCUGCCAUUGGAGAAAAGGGAUGGACAAAGCGCGUGCAGAUGCAGCAGACCCAGGUGCUAUGAUUGUCCCUGGCAGGUAGUAGAGGACAGGACCCGGGACUUCAAAGCCCAUUCGGCGGCCCUCAGAAACAUGACGUUGGGAAUCUUGAGAGGCCUGAAGCCAAGGAAUGAUGCUGCUGCAGGUGAGGUGAAUAGGAAGUAGCUUGCGUGCUGGGCGCUGUGUACCUUAUUUUGUAAGCUUAUUUUUUCGGCCCGGGGGGCUUCACCUUCCUCAUGGCUGGUGCCUGACUGGUGUGGCGGUGGAGACCGACCCGACCCGAACCAAAAUCCGCCAACCACCAGCCUGAGCAAGCCCGAUACAGAUAACGUUGACCAUUUCGCUUGUCAUCGUCACGUGACUGCGAGUUCCGUCGCUCGCAGUUUCGCGUCGCUGCCUGGUUGGAGAGGCGCGCCGCGCGACUGUCACUUAAGCAGCCGCCCCCACGCCCAACGGCUGGUCCUUUUCGUUUCACAGGUUCCUCGCUGAUCGACAUAAAUCACGGACCCUUCAUUCAUCCAUCCUGUCAAGCUGGACACCUUGACAAGGUGUAUACCUGCUUGACCAGCGCGACAUCAUGCCCAACUUCACAGAGGCGGACACCAUCCGCAUUCUGGUCGCGACAGACAACCACGUCGGCUACGAAGAGCGAGACCCUAUCCGCAAGGACGACAGCUGGAGGACAUUUGACGAGAUCCUGAACCUUGCAAAGACCCAAGAUGUCGACAUGGUGUUGCUGGGCGGCGACCUCUUCCACGACAACAAACCCUCCCGGAAGUCCAUGUACCAGGUCAUGCGCAGCCUUCGCAAAAACUGCCUCGGCAUGAAGCCCUGCGAGCUCGAGUUCCUCAGCGAUGCGAACGAAGUCUUCGAGGGCGCCUUCCCUCAUGUCAACUACGAAGACCCCGACAUCAACAUCUCCAUCCCUGUCUUCUCCAUCCACGGGAACCAUGACGACCCCAGCGGCGAAGGCCACUUCUGCUCGCUGGACUUGCUCCAGGUCGCUGGCCUGGUCAACUACUUCGGCCGCAUCGCCGAGGCCGACAACAUCGAGGCGAAGCCCGUGCUGCUGCAAAAGGGCCAGACCAAGCUGGCCCUCUUCGGCUUGAGCAACGUCCGUGACGAGCGCAUGUUCCGCACCUUCAGGGACCACAAGGUCAAAUGGUUCCGCCCGGGAGUCCAGCAAUCGGAUUGGUUCAACCUGCUCACCGUCCACCAAAACCACCACGCCCACACGGCAACGUCGUACCUCCCCGAGAAUGUGCUGCCCGAUUGGAUGGAUCUCGUAGUCUGGGGCCAUGAGCACGAAUGCCUCAUCGACCCGCAGCAGAAUCCCGAGACUGGCUUCCACGUCAUGCAGCCGGGCUCCUCGGUCGCGACGUCCCUUGUGCCGGGCGAGGCUGUGCCCAAACACGUCGCCAUCCUGAACGUUACUGGCAAGGAUUUCAAGGUCGAGAAGCUCCCCCUGAAGACGGUCCGGCCCUUCAUCACGAAGGAGCUCCAGCUGGCGACCGACCCACGCUUCAAGGGCCUGCACGCCAAGAAGGACAACCGACAAGAGCUUACCAAGAGACUAAUGGUCGUGGUCGAGGAGAUGAUCCAAGAGGCAAAUGAAGAGUGGUACGCCGUGCAGGACAACGACGAAGAAGAGCCUCCGCUGCCCUUGAUCCGCCUCAAGGUGGAGUACACGGCUCCGGAGGGUGGUCAAUACGACUGCGAGAACCCCCAGCGGUUUUCGAAUCGAUUCAUCGGCAAGGUGGCCAACACCAACGAUGUUGUCUACUUCCACCGGAAGAAGGCUGGCGCCACCAGGCGCAACGCCGACACCGACGUUCCCGAAAUGCUGGAGGAGACGUUGGGUCUCGACACCGUCAAGGUCGAGGCCCUGGUUCAGGAGUUUCUAAUGGCCCAGUCUCUCAAGAUUCUGCCUACAGCCCCUUUCGGUGACGCCGUCAACCAGUUCGUCAACAAAGACGACAAGCACGCGAUGGAGGAGUUUGUCAGCGAGUCUCUGGCUGGCCAAGUGAAGCAGAUGCUCAGCCUCGACUCGGAUGAGGAGGAUUUGGACAACGCUAUGGAGGCGUACCGGGCCAAGCUCGAGGAGCAGUUCUCCAAGGGCGUUCUCAAAAGAUCAACGAAGCGUACGGUCAAGCCGAAGCCGGACGAGUGGGAUUCGGACUUGGAUGGACAUUGGGAGGAUCAGCCCGGUGUGGUGGAGACCGAAACCGUAUCCCAAGCCCCUGCCAGGUCACGACAGGCACAAACACAGGAGGACGACGACCUGAUGGACAUGGAGGAUGAGCCAGCGGUUCGUCCAGCACCCGCAAGGAAGGUGGCUGCCACCCGAGCAACGAAAGCUGCGCCGGCAAAGAAGGCGCCCGCGAAGAAGGCGCCAGCCAAGAAGGCCCCUGCUCGAGGCCGCAAGAAGCCCGUCUUUGAGGAGGAAUCUGAAGAAGAGGACGUGGUGAUGGAUGAUGAUUUUGAAGAACCUCCCGCGCCAACCCGCGCCAGGAGAUCCCAGCCCGCGCGUGCGCCGCCAAAGUCGCGCCAGACGAAGCUCAACUUCUCACAGGCUACGACUUCGCAAGCCGCGGUCGAGAUCAGUGACGAUGAGAUCUCUGAUGAGGAUGCAUUUGAGCCCCCGCCGCCGACCACCCGUUCCAGACGGAGAUAGCGGGCCGGCCACGAGAAGUGCAAUUGUUGAUGGGGGUCCGCGGUGGACCUACUUGACCAACGGGAUAACAUCAUCGUAAUGGGAACGUUUUAUCAGGACACUUGAAGAUCUCGAGUGUAUUCGAUUACCCGGAGUCAAGGGAGCGGGGUUUUGCUUUGCCUUCAAAACGAUCAACCAAGAUACCACGUCAGAUACCAUGUCGCAAACGAGAGACUUUCUCCAUCUCUGGCUUGUGACUCGGGAUUGUCCUU